CUGCAGCAGCGUGGGAGCUGCGCCUUGCUUACGUGGCCUCUCGGGCCAACACUGCUGAUGUGUUCACCAAGGCCCUUGGGUCUGGUGAUCAUCAGCGUUUCUGCACUGCUCUUGGGCUUGUGCCCACUCUGCCUCACCUGCUGGUUGCUUGA